AUGGCAGUGACGGAUGAUGAUCGCAGGGAAUACCUGCGAAGUAACGUCACCUCAGAUCUGCAGUAUGUAUGGGAUGAUGCAGAAAUCCCAUUAACACUUCAGUAUGAGAUGGCCCAGCACUACAAGUCACUGAGGGUCUUCACAGCCUUAGGAGAAAGCUCUGCAGACGUUCGAACUGCAGUCCAAGCCGACUUCAACUUGGACCCAGCCAGAGACCCAGCAUUGCGGGCGCAAGUAGCACAAGUGGUUGCAGCCUGGAAUGCAGGGAAAGAGCUUUACACCAAAGAAAAAGAGAUCCAAGCCGAGAGCAAAGUUCUUGGGGUCCCCCGUCACCUUCAACACAGCGAAAGAUUGGCAAUGCUUAAAGCGGUCGAAAAGGUUUUGGGUCACCUAUCCGACCACGAGACACCCAGUGCAGAGUACCUUGCUUUGAAGGUUGAGGAAUGCGAGAAUGGAGAAUGUACAGCAGCAAGCUUGGAUGAAGUGUCUUCAAAGGCUGACCGCAACACAUCAGCCUUGCAGACUUCACUGGACAGCACAGGCCAUGUGAGGAUCACCAAGACAAAAUCCAAAGGCCGGCUUCCGGAAAACACAGAAGAAUACCGCAGGUUGAUGAAGUUGGAGGCCACAACAUGGCUGUGUAUGUCUUCGAAGUUCAAGUCAAAACAUUUCUUGGCAGGUUUGAAAAUGGAGGACUUCAAUCGCUUUGUGGAGUUCGUACUGGGAGAGAAGGUUCAUGGCAUUAAAGUGCCUGUUGAUGGACAGCAGCAACCUCUGCGUCCCCCUUUUGCCCUGGUGCUGCAGUUUGAGCACCGCCUGCGACGGGAAGCCUUCAAACUGGUCAACAAAGGGGAGAAGACACUGGCAGAGGCCUUGGAGGCCGUGACAAAAGACGCCGAACUCAAAGAGUCAUACUUUACAACUCCUUUGGCACUGACCAACCAUGACACAGCUCGGCAUGGCGGUCAACGUACCUUCAACAACACCUAUGAUGGCAAGAAGGGCAAGUCAAAGGGUUUUGGCAAAGCAGACGUCAAGCACUACCUCCAGGAGUUUGGCUUGGAGCACGAAUUUUCUUUGCAUGUUACGGAGGUCGAUGUGGAACGUUCAAAUCUACAGCUGGCACAAGAUCACAACUAUUUGGUGGACCAGACCAUCGCCACUGCGCACAAAUGUUUCCAAUGCAAUGCAGACUUUCUGAUCGAGUUUCUUUCCACCCUCAAGCCUUGCCAAGAGCUACCCUAUGCCACUUGGCCAGUUUUCGACAAGGAGCGACAAUACUUGGGCCCCUUGCCUACGUUUUGUGGGCACUCCACACAUGCCAAGCGCCUUUUGGGCCAACUGCCCAACGGGAAGUGGGCCACUGAGGGUUCCGCUGCUUACCCUCCGGCGCUUUGCAAAUACCUGGCCGAGCUCAUCGCCAGUCGGGUGGGGAGCGCAAGUGCCUCUUCACUCGGCCUACCGACUGGACCCCUUACAGAGGCUAAGCCAACAACUACGACCACGACAGUUGCGGCUGGACCAACACUUACAGUCGCUACAGAUAGCUUGGACCAACCAGGCGAUUCAGACACCGACACCCAGCGACCUGAAGCUGGGGAAGAUGAGCAGAAAACUCGAGAAGGGCCGGAAGAGGCUCGCAAUAGAGGAAAGCCAUUAGUGGUGGAAUGGGGUGGACGAGCCAAACCAUUUGUUGAUGGGUUUGGUCUUUGCUCUGCAAAUCGCUGGCGCCCAGAGGAUAGAGGUACAUACCUUAGCAUGGAGGCACAGCAGAUGGGACGAAAGUUGAAAGAGCUCCUGCAGGAGUUUGUGAUGUCACAGAUCGGCGACCUAAGAAAGGAAGCCUUUCACUUGGCGUUGGGGAGGCUCCAGAGUUCACCAUUUUCAGAAAGUGCGUUGCAGCAACUUAGGGAGAGGUGGGCCCAACUUUUGCCUUCCCCCGCUAGCGCCAUGGAGCUCACGGAGGGCCAACCUUUCUUCCUGCACCUUUUGGCGCAAACGUUAGAAGUUAUGGAGGACCCGGACUACCGGGUGCUAGUACAAGACGAAGAGUCGUUUGCAACGGGCGUGCCAGUUGGACUAGAUGAACCGCUGCCUAGGGUUCCUGCUGUGUUUCCGCCAAAGGAGAAACAACGCAAGCUGGACGAUUCGGACUACAUCCCCUUUUCGGAAAACUAUAAGUCGGCGGAGCUGGUAGCAGAGGAGUUGGAGAACAAAUUUAGAGAAGAAGAAAGGCUGGGGAGGAUGUACCCGACCACGCUGGCAGCCUUGAAAGCCAAACACCCUGACCGGGAAGUUUUGGUGGCUUCCAUGGGGGCCAUACAGAAACCCAACGGUGACAUUCGUCCCAUACACGAUGCCACCCACCAUGUUCAACUCAACAACAGGAUAGUUUUCAGAGACCAAUUGCAAUAUCCUGGGCCGGAAGACGCGGCUGGUGUCAUUCGGGAGGUGACCGAGACCAAGGAGGCUAGGUUCUCUAUCUCAGCCGAUAUCAAGUCGGCACACGGGCUGGUGAAAUUGCGGAGCAGGGAUCACCCGCUCAUUUGUUGCAAAGCUUCAUCGACAUCAGACACCAUCUGGGUCAACAAGGUGGGAACCUUUGGCGUAUCAAGCGCCUCCUAUUGGUGGACGCGGCUCAUGGGAACAGUUGGAAGGCUGGUGGGCAAUGCUAUGGGGACUGAAUGCAACUACCAACUCAUCUACGUAGAUGAUUUGCAUGUUGUGGUUUUCGGGGAACGCAAGUUCCUGACCUUGUGGAUGAUGCUGGCAGCCUAUGAGGCGUUGGGCACCCCUUUCCAGUAUGCGAAGUUCGCAGGAGGGAUAGAAGUAACGUUUGUAGGGUUUCAGCUGGACUAUGGACGUUGCAAGAUGGGGGUGACGGCCAAGCGAGGCCUCUGGUUGCUGAAUUUCAUAAAGGAGAUGAAAGAAGCGCGCUACACAGUGCACAUGCGCCGCUUUGGGGAAUUCCUUGGGAGACUCGCUUUCCUUGCCCGAGUCCUGGUUUGGCUGAAGGCACACCUGGCACCCUUGUAUAGCUGGGCCGCCGCUCUGGCCAAAGGAACGGUCGCUACGGCGCCACGCAUGGUGGUCCUGGUUCUCAAAUUCAUUUCCAGGACAGAUGCAAAAUGUGCUCAAGGGUUUGUCGUUUUGGGUGGGCACCACCUUGCUACUGGCCGCUGGUUUUCGCUUCGUUUGGAUCCCGAACAGGCGCCAUACCUGUUCAAACCUGAUGGAGAGAGCAGCUGGGCUUCAGCGCCAGCGGAGUUGCUGGCCACCACCGUGGCACUUGUUUUGUUCAACUAUGGAGAAGGGAGAGAAAGAAUGACCGUUCCGGUUUACUUGGCAGCAGGCACGGACAACCAGUCAAAUGAGGCCCUUCUCCAGAAGGGAAGUUCUACUAAGUUUCCACUGGCUUUGAUCAACAUGCAGUUGACUCACAUGCUCAUGCGUUGGGGGAUGCGGCUGGAGCUGCGAUGGCGACCCCGUGCGGAAAACGAUUUAGCCGACAAACUUACCAAUGAAGACUUCAGCCAGGUGGAAACGAGACUGCGUUUGGAAUGCAAGUGGGAAGAUUUCGAUUUUAGCCUGCUGCGGGAGUUGUGGGAAGCGAGACAUGAGUUCAUGGACAAGGACACUUUGAGGUCGCGUUCGCGUUUUCCGUUUCUUGGAAGUUUUGACUGGGCUCAAGUGAUGGAGAACAGUGCUUUGCGUUCAACGCCCAAGGGUGUUCAGGAAAGUGUGGAAGAGUCCAUGCUUGCAGGAUCAGAGGAUGCUAUGGCAAGCAUUCAGCACGGGAGCACCACAAGUACUCCAACAACAAACCCUCGCAACAAGGAGGACAAUGCAUCUGUCAAGCAGACCUUGAAUGUUCUCUAUUUGUUUGCAGGAGCCCCACGUCGUGCAGAUAUCAAUUCCUUUUUGCAUGGAUACUCCCAAGCGCAGCAUUUUACCCUGCAUGUCCGCGAAGUGGACAUUGAGCGCUCUGAGUCUGAUGACCUCAGUCGUGACCAGCUUUGGGAGGAGAUUUUUGCAGAAAUCAAAGACGGCAAAUACGAUGUUUUGAUUAUGUUUUCCAAAUGGCCAGCCUUCGACGAGCAAGGCAAAUACGUGGGGCCAUUGCCCGCUAGAUGCACCCACGCACGCCACGUCCGGCGUCUGAUUGGCAAGGAUUCCCAGGGCCGCUGGGUGACCGGCCCUGCUGCUUCAUAUCCACCUGGCUUGUGCAAAUAUUUGGCCAACCUCGUGGUCUCCGUCCUUCGGAAAGGGGGCACCCACGAGGCAAUGGAAGUGGUUGAGAAAGCACCUUCAACUACAGUUUUGGAAGCGGCUGAGAAGACACCUUCAACUACAGUUUCAGGUGAGCACUCAGGUUUUGGGCAAAGCAGUUUUUCUCUGCCCAUGGAUGUCGACAAGGUUGCUGAGAAGCCGGCUGCACAGACCAAUGGUCCCACCAACUUGAUUGGGGUUCAACACACCGUUUCAGACUCCAACUGGGGCAGACCGAUGAUGGUUGAAUGGUCUGGAGAAGAGAGAGAGAUCACUGACGGCUUUGGCUUGUGCUCACCUAACCGGUGGGCUCCUGAGUGCAGAGGUGUUGGACAAAGCGCUCAAGCACGUGACAUCAACAACAAGGUCCAUGACUUGCUCAGAGGUUUUGUUCGUGAACAGGUGGGAGAUCUUCGCAUGAUGGCCUUCAAGCUUGCUACAGGGAAGUUGGCCGAGUCGCCAUUCAGCAACGAAGCACUUGAUAAAUUGAGAAAACGUUGGGCCGCCCUUUUACCUGUCCCCAGCAGUGCUGUGCAGAAGGCAGAGGGCCAGCCUUUCCUUUUGGACCUCAUGGCGCAGACUCUGAAGAUUCAAGGCGACCCUGACUCCGAGAUAUUGGUUGCCUCAAAGGACUCCUUCACGACGGGCGUUCCUGUCGGGUAUGAAGAGCCCAUACCACCUGCUCCGGAGGUUUUCCGCACCAGGACGAAACAGAGCAACCUGGACGCGUCUGAGUACAUGGAGGAGGCACGCAACUAUAAGUCUGCAGUUGAAAACCAAGAAGGUCUUGAGAGCAAGUUCAGAGAGGAUGAGGCCCAGGGCAUGAUGUACCCCACCACCAUGGGAGUCUUGAGGGAACGCUAUCCAGGCAAACCCAUCCUCGUUGCGGCCAUGGGGGCCAUAAAGAAGCCUGACGGUAGUGUUAGGCCCAUACAUGAUGGAACACACUUCGUCCAGGUUAACAACGGGAUACAGUUUACAGACAAGCUUGAUUAUCCUGGGCCGCCAGAUGUUGCUGGAGCUGUUCGUGCUGCAAGGGACACCCAUGACUCCUUCUUCACUGUUUCCGCCGACAUAAAGGCGGCGCACAGGUUGGUCAAGAUCCGCGAGAGCGAUUGGAGGCUGUUGGUUUGCAAGUCCAAUUCGGAUUCGAACGUUUGCUGGGUCAACAAAGUUGGUACUUUUGGGGUGUCCAGCGCGCCCUAUUGGUGGAGUAGGCUGUUUGGCCUGGCUGGUAGGCUUGUUGCAAGGGUUCUCUUGAAUAGAUGGGUCGUACAGCUGGUGUACGUUGACGACCUCCAUGUUGUGUGCAUUGGUGAAGAAAAGUUUGAGACCUUGUGGAUGGCGGUUGCAGCUUAUGAGGCCUUGGGCACUCCUUUUGGUUACAAGAAAUUUUCAGGCGGCCUGGACGUGCAGUUCGUUGGGUACCGUGUUGACUAUUUGAACAUGUCUGUAGGCAUCAGCGAUGCACGUGGGCAGUGGCUGCUCACCUUCUUACGGGAGCUGAGAAGAGAUGGUUACACGGUUCAUGUCCAUCGGUUUGCGGAGUUUCUUGGUAGGCUCGGCUUCACUUGCCGGGUGUUGCUUUGGUUGAAGCCGCACUUGGCUCCCCUUUACUCAUGGGCUUCGGCAGUCAGCAAGAGCACAGUUGCUACAGCGCCUAGGAUGGUUAAGCUUGUUUGCAUGUUCUUGGAAAAGCAGUUUGAGGAACAGAAGUUCAUGUUUUCUUGCUUAAGGCCGCAACGGCUUACAAAUGAAGUAUUCAGGACUGAUGCGAAGUGCGAGAACAAUCUUGUGGUGUUAGCUGGGUAUCAUUUUCCUGAUGGCAAAUGGUUCUCUGUGCGUGUCACGCCGCACGAUGCGCCGUACCUCUUCAAGGAGAAUGGGGAUAGUGAGUGGGCGUCGGCACCUGCAGAACUUCUCUCAGUUUUAGUUGCGCUUCAGGUCUUCGGCUAUUUGGAGCCCAAGUCAGGUAGAACUUGCAUCCGGCUGUGGGUGCAGAGCAGAACUGAUAAUCGCUCUAUUGAUUUCUUGUCCAGGAAGAAUUCAACUACACGUUGGCCCCUCACCUGA